AUGGCCUCGCUAGGCACCGAGUUCGAUGUUUGGGAAGUCACCAUCGACAGCCUGCACGAUGCGCUCUUUAGCCGGAGCGUCACAUGCAGAGAGGUCGUCUCCUCUUUCAUUGCGCGGAUCGAGGAGUACAACCCCCGAAUCAACGCGGUCAUCUCGCUGAACCCGACGGCGCUCUCGGACGCGGAUGGCUUGGACGCCCGGAUUGCCGCGGGGAACGUGACGGGCGCACUGUUCUGCGUCCCCGUGCUCCUCAAGGACAACUUCGACGCCGUCGGCAUGAGCACCACGGGCGGGUGUCGGGCGCUGGCCCAUAACAAGCCUUUGGAGGACGCGCCGACGGUCAGGGCUCUGAAGGACGCCGGCGCCGUCAUCCUCGGCAAGACCAAUCUGCACGAGAUGGCCCUGGAAGGGCUGACCGUGUCGUCGUUCUGCGGCCAGACGGUCAACCCGUACGACCUGACGCGGACCCCGGGCGGGAGCAGCGGAGGGAGCGGCGCAGCCGUGGCAGCAAGCUUCGCCGUCCUCGCGACGGGGACCGACACGGUCAACUCCCUCCGCAGCCCGGCGAGCGCGAACGCGCUGUUCAGCUUCCGGCCCACGAGGGGCCUGAUCUCGAGAGCCGGAGUCAUCCCCGUCAGCUACACCCAGGACGCCGUCGGGGCCAUGGCACGCAACCCCAGAGACCUCGCGGUGGCGCUGACGGUCAUGGCGAGCGUCGGGUACGAUCCCCGGGACAAUGUCACAGCCCUGGCCCCGCCAGAGGCGAGGCAGAGAGACUACGCUGCGACCCUGCAAUUGGACCGCAACGGCUUGGAAGGCUUGCGCCUCGGCCUGCUGAACGGCUUCUUCAACCAGACGGCCUCGCCCGAGACGACGCCAGUCAACGACAUCAUGGCGAGCAUGCUGUCCAAACUCGCGGCAGCCGGGGCCGAGAUUGUAAACAUCACGGAUCGCUUUCCCAGUACGCUUUCGGUUGCGAAGCUGGACGUACAGGCAUUCGAGUUCCGGGAGGCGCUCGACUCCUAUCUCGAGGCGGCCGCCCUCUCGCACCCGGCAAGCUUCGGAGAACUGUACGGCGGCGGCGGCGGCGGCGGUGAAUUCCUUGUCAUCCCGGCUCAACACCGCUUCAUCAACAGGGCAGCCUCUUCAUCGACCACUGACGUCGCAUAUCUCGACGCCCUGCACCGCAUCCGGAACCUGACCCUCGAGCUCAGAGCCACGUUUGCAACCCACAGGCUAGACGCUAUCAUCUACCCUGAGCAACAAAACCUCGUCGUCAAGGUCGGCUCGCCGUCACAGAGCGGCCGCAACGGCAUCUUGGCCGCUCUGACGGGGCACCCGGUCGUCUGCGUGCCGGCAGGCCUGUCGCCUCCCUCAGACGACGCCCCUCUAGGCGUUCCCGUGGGCAUGGAGAUCCUCGGCCGACCGUGGAGCGAAGAUCUGCUGCUGAGCAUUGCGAGUCGUAUCAGCGAGCUCGUCCCGGUCCGCAAGAUGCCCCCGUUUGCCAACGGGACCGCGGAGCACAGGGUGUAUGAUAGCGUGCCCUCGAUCACCCCGAAUGUAGCAAAUAUUCCUGAGGUGUAUCCGCUGGGCGACGUCGUCUCGGGGGAGUAG